AUGAAGAAGCGGGCUAAUUUCCGGUUCGGUCUCCUCUUUGGUUUAUCUAUUUGGUUUGCCGUUUCGCAAGAAGCCAAUGCACUUAGACCCAUAAGGGAGACCGCUCGAUCCUGGGGCGACCAGUGGCUUUUUGGGAAGAAGGACAAGAGCGGAGCAGGACCAUUUUCCGCGUGGAACAUUACAGGAACAUAUAGAGGCACCUGGAAGUUUCUAGAUACCGUAAACAGCUCUUCAAAGUUCCCACAUUUCAGAAACGAAAAUGGCAACUCUGUCAUCGAGUUAGUCACAAGCCCAACGAAGAUCACUGGUGUGCAUUAUGUUCAGGGCGCAGUUGUUUUCCAUGACGUAUUUGACAAUGAACACAAUGUUGGUGGCGCUCAAAUCAAAGUGGAAGGUGUAUAUAUUUGGCCCUUUAGACAGCUCCGUCUUGUUGCUAAUAGCGGGAAGAAGGGAGACUCAGGAGUAGAAGACGAUUAUCUUCUCUCCAACCCCUAUCAUCUGCUCGGAAUUUUUUCCUCUCAAGUGUUUCAAGAAUCUCCAAGAGACGGAAUAUUGAAACACAAGACUUCUCCAAUAUAUGAGAUGGAGAAGCACUGUAAUAUCGAAAUAGCAGCCCAGAUAUCCCGAGCCGCUUCUAGUGAAAACAAUGGGGACAAAGAUUAUUUUCAUAUCGAAGGGUUGAUGGAAAGUCCUGCAGUAGAUGGUGACGAAGAUUGUUUCUCACCCUUGUUGCUGAAUGCAACUUCCAUAAACGUUGAAGUCUACUAUAACAAAGCUGUCAACUAUACAUUAAUGGUCACUUUUGUCUCGUUCCUCCAGGUUCUGUUGUUGAUCCGGCAAAUGGAGCACAGUAACACACAAUCCGGCGCUGCAAAGAUCUCUAUUGUAAUGAUCGGGCAGCAAGCCAUCAUGGAUUCUUAUCUGUGCCUUUUACACCUCACAGCCGGGAUUUUAGUUGAGUCACUAUUUAACGCAUUUGCCACAGCUGCCUUCUUCAAAUUCGUAGUGUUUUCGAUAUUUGAAAUGAGGUAUCUUUUGGCCAUAUGGAAAGCAACCCGGCCUUCAAACAGCGGUGAGGGCUGGGAGACGAUGAGGCGUGAGCUCUCCUUUCUGUACAGCCGCUUCUAUGGAAUCCUUCUCGGAGGGAUACUGAUAAUGUAUGAGCUGCACAGCUACAUGCGGCUGAUACUCCUCCUCAUGUACUCAUUUUGGAUUCCGCAGAUAGUUGCAAACGUUGUUCGUGAUUCUAGAAAGCCUCUGCACCCUUAUUAUAUCUUGGGGAUGACGGUCACACGGCUUGCUAUACCGUUGUAUGUCUUUGGAUGCCCCAAGAACUUCAUGCGUGUAGAGCCCAGCAAGGCCUGGUGCAUAGGCCUGUGCACAUUCACCGGGUUUCAAGCUGCACUUCUUCUUCUUCAGCAUUACUUUGGGUCGCGUUGCUUUGUCCCUAGGAAGAUGCUACCUGAGAAGUACAGCUACUACAGAAGAUUUGAGCAAGAUGUAAACAGAAGCAGGGACUGCGUAAUCUGCAUGACCACAAUUGAUCUGAGGCACAGCAACAAUGAUUGCAUGGUAACGCCGUGUGAGCAUUUGUUCCACUCGGGAUGCUUACAGAGAUGGAUGGACAUAAAGAUGGAGUGCCCAACAUGUCGUCGCACGCUUCCUCCAGCUUAA